AUGUUUCUGGAGUCGGAGCUGAGGAACCGCAGUGGCGUCUUUGCAUUCUCCACUCUGGCUGGCGGGUGGAGAGAUGGUGUGAAGAGUGGCUGGUUGCUGCGACACAGUGCUAUAUUGAAGCUCUGGAACAAGAAUUGGUUUGACCUGUGGUCAGAUGACCUGACCUGUUGUGAUGAGCAGACUCGGCAGAGUGUUGAGGAUAAGGUCCACAUGCAAGUGGAAUGCCUCAGCAUCCCCACCGGGCAGGAAUGUCAGGAUAGUCAGCCUCUGGAUGGAAAGUCAAAAGACUGCAUGCUGCAGAUUGUUAGGUGAGAUGGGAAAGCGAUUAGUCUUUGUGUAGAAAACACAGGUGAUUGCUUGGCCUGGAAAUUUACACUCCAAGAUUCCAGGACAAACACAGCCUAUGUGGGCUCCACCGUCAUGAUUCAUGAGACACCCGUGGUUUCCUCCCAUGCUGCUCCAGCCACUGAGGAAUAGGGCCGUGAGCCAUACAGUGGUGUGUGCCUGCCAGGAACUCAAACUGUCUAUGCUGCUAAUGGACAGGCAUAUGCUGUGCCCUGCCAGGACUCCUAUGCAGGACUUGAUGGACAACAGCCUGCUAACCAAGUCAUCAUUCAAGAGUGAUAUCCAGACAAUGACAGUGACCUGGCACUGGGCAUGUUGGUGGGAGUGGCUAUGGUCAUGGCCUUAGGGUCUCUGUUCUGGGUCUUCUAGAGGCUGUAAGAUCUUGAUGUGCAUAGCUUCUGAUAACCCUGUGUGCAAUAAUAUGAUUUGCAGGGCAUUUCUGUUUGUGACAAAUGUUUUUAACAAUAAUUUUAAUCGUUCCUUU